AAAAGGCUAUAAAUGGAGAAGGGUGGGUAGACGCAAUUGGUAUGUAUGUAUGUUUCUAUGUAUGCAGUGUCAGAGCGGAAAACGGUGAAAAUGUAUUAUUGAACUGUUUUGUGAAAGAGAAAGAAAGAAAGAAACGAUAGAGCAAAAGAUACAUAAAUAAGAAGAUAAUAGAAGAGAAGAGUAGUAGCAAUAAGUGAGAAGUGAGUGAAUGACACUCAACACCCAAGACAAGACCCUUUAACGCAAACAACUCAAAUCAGUUCUCUCUGGGUUACAGAAGAACUGCAUCUGCGGCAUUGAAGUUUCUGUAUUCUUUUGGAGAGUAUUUAGUCCACUCUCGUUCCAUUGUUUUCUGCUGAGGCAUCUGGUUUAAAAUUGAAGUUUAAACAUGUUUUAUGCGAAUGGUUGUUGUUUUUGUGUGUUGGAAUGCUAGUUUUUUUCUUGACGAUGAUUCUCGGUGCAGAAGAAGGGUUUGUGUACUCAAUUAAGUUAAUCUUAUUGAAGUAGAAAAAUGGUCUAAUAAUCUGAAAGGUGAAUUUGUGUCUUUGAGUCUGAAGACUGAUCAGAUGGGCAGAGAAAAUGAUUCGGCAAGGACAAAGGAAGAAGUUAGUGACGAUGGUUCCUCGAGUGUUGAGAACGGGGAUUUAGAAUCUCAUGCUCGAAUUAGUCUGGACAAGGAAGGCUUGGAAACUUGUCGUGUGUGCCAAUGUACUGAAUCUGAUAAAAGGGCAGAUGCGGCGCUAGAAUUUUUGGGCAUCACCCCAGGUUCAGAAUUGUAUAAAAGCAAGGAGGAAGUAGGGUGUGAUGGCAAUGGAAUUCCCAGAAAUAUGUCUCUUAACAGAAACAUUGAAAAAAAUACAGGGAUGGUGGAAUUUGUAAGCCCUGAUGGGGAGGUUUUCAUAUGUAAAAGUGAUUUGGAACUCGGUUUGUCUCAUCAAGAUAAACUAGUUGAACUUGGAUGUUCUUGUAAAAACGAUCUGGCUUUAGUACAUUAUGCUUGUGCACUCAAGUGGUUUGUCAACCAUGGAUCUACCAUUUGUGAAAUAUGUGGACAUAUAGCAAAUAAUAUCAGAGUUUCUGACUUCAAUAAAGUUGUUGGUGCUUUAAAGGAGUAUGAAGUAUUGAGGGAAAGAACCGCUAGUGGUGAUCCUGGUCCAGCACAAGCUCGUGCAAAUGCUGGUGUGGACCCUGAUGCAGUGGCUGCUAUUCGGAGGCAACGGCUAAUUGAGAUUGCACUGUGGUUUUGUCCUCAUAAUAGCAGUACCAAUAACAACGUUAGCAAUGUGGACACAGUCUCACAGGUUGCUUCUGAGCAGCCUUUGAGUAUUGUUACUGAAGAUGCUGUCCCUGCACAAAAUACUGCAACUAAAUGGGCCGUGGAGGGUACAGGUAUCCUGCUUGCUACGGGACUGCUUACCAUCACCCUUGCGUGGCUUAUAGCCCCUCGUGUUGGAAAGGGUUAAACUUUGAAGAGGUUGUGAUAGUGAUGCAUACAUUGAGGAAGGUUUAAUGAGUUACUCGUACAUGAAGCAAAUAUAAUAGUUUGGCUCGCAAACAAUUAAUUACUCUGCAUAAUCUGUAGGGCCACCCUUUUCUCAUGUGCUUCUUCAUCUGCUAGACCAAAUGCUAUAUACCACAGAAGCUGCUUUCAUCCUUAUUCGAUACCAAUCUUUUUUAGUAAAAAAUACAUUGUGGAAAAUCAAUAGCUGGAUUAUAACUGGGAAGAAUGAUGGGAAUUAUAUGGGACAGAAAACUGCUAAUGUUCUUUAGUUUGACCACUGAAUUGAAAUUUAGUCUGGUAUUCUGUAUAAUGAUCACCUAUAUGGGUUUUAUGCCUCCAUUUAAGACUGGCAAAGGAAAAGGUCAUAUGGUCAAUGUGUAAUAUAUAGGUUUGAAGCUGGCGAUCCAGAUGAAUGAUGAAAAGUUAUGUGGUCUGCGUUCUGCUUCACAGUAGUUUAGUUUGGUCUGUUGUAAGGGGCAGUUUUGAAUAUUUUUGGGUUGUAUUUAGGAGUUGGGAGGAGAAGGGAGCAGUUGAUACAAAGGAAAAUAAAAGGGGAAAUGAGGGAAAAAGAAUGAGGGUUAAGUAACCUUUCCUUCAUGAUAAUCCUUCAUUUUCCUCCCCGAAUCAAUAAACUCCCUCACAACGGUUAGGUUUACUCAAUCUUACCCUCCAUCUAAACACCCUUUAGAAUUAUGUUUGAGAAUCUCAUUUAUGAGUGCAAAUAAUGUUGUCAGGUAAAAUGCAAUUUUGGGUGAUAGAAAGAGGUUGUUAAUUAUUAAAAUUGAAUGGUCAUUUAUCAAUGUGGUGUAUACUGUGAAGUGUGUUCAUUUUUAUGGUUGUUACUAUAAGACUUGAUGUGUGCACAUCUAAGAAAAAAGUAUGUCAUUUGUCUUUGCGUAGCAAGGUGGAUAUAUUCCUUUUGCACAACUGUUUUUAGCAUUGCACAGCACUAAGAGUAUGCAGGCUUGAACAUUUUUUUAUGGUUAAGUAUAGAGUAUGUCACUUGUAGUUUCUUAACUAUAAAGACCAGCAAAUAUAUUGAGACUAAAAUCUUAUGAGGGCCCUUUUUGCUGGUCUUCAGUUUGGGUGGUUCAAAUGUAAUGCUUGUAUUUUUCAGGGUGCUUUGGUCUCUAAAAUUUGUUUUCAUUGUUGAUUCUUGGUUACUUCGAGAGAGGAACCAUUUUGAAUGGAUAAAGUGAUCAAACAACUUUAUUGGUUUCUUUUCCUUUUGUUACACUUCCUUGUGUUGUAUGUGUGUCUAUAUAUUUCUUAUUCCCUAUUGAUUUGGUUAGAAGUAUAUGGAUAAUACAGCCUGUGUUUGUU